AACCGUUGUUAAGUAUGGAUUCUAUGUCUGGAAGAAUGCGGGUUGUAUUUAUAAGCUUUCUAUUCACAUAGAACAAGGAGCUAGUACAGGGUUAGGAUGGAUGGAGAAUCACCCCCGCCUCUCCGAGUACUCAGGAGUGCACAGGAGAAAAAGUUAAGAAAACGUAAGGACUUGGACGCGCUUAUUGUGAACGGAACCCGGAAGAAACGGGGUUCAAGCCAAGAACUGCUGGCCAGGAGUGAUGAAACCUCCUCUGAGGGCGAAUUAGAGCUGGGGGACGGGUUCAGGAGAAGGAGAAGAAACGGGUUCAGCUGGGGGAUCAAAUGGGGUGUUCUGAUAGGAGGGUUUCUCGCGGUCCUUGUUCUAGUGGUUUGGCUUCAUCUCAACCUGAAGAUUGAACUCGAUGAUGUUUGGAGACACGUAGGGAGAGUUGAUGAAGCUUCAAGAUCAGCCGCCUCUCCUAUUAUUGCAAUUAAAACUUUAUUAGAUGAAUUACAGAAUAAUCAGACUGGAGUAUACAAGCGUCUAUCUGAGCUGGAAACUAGAUUGACCGGACUAGAAACUUCGCUCGUUAAGAUCUCCAGUAAACCUCAGGGCGAGGAUGUUCUUCAGGGCCUGGCUGACCUUGGAGGGAAACUAACAGAGGUACAGCAGACUGUGGAAAAGUUGAAAAAAGAGAAUAUAAAAAAUAGCGCAGAUGUGAUCAAGUUGGAUUCUACAAUAAAUAAUCUUAAGUUGUAUGAUAUAAACAAGGACGGAGAACAGAGUUCGGAGAAAUCAAAACUACCCGACUUGGAGAAAGGUCUGGCAGAGACCAAAAAUCUGGUGAACCUUCUCCAGGAUAGGUUUGAAACUGUAAACACAACCCUCUCCUUGGUUGCUCAGAACUCAACAGCCAGGAUGGAUUGGUUGAGCAAGGAUCUUAGCUCAGUUCAGGUUAAAAUAUCUCAGUUGGAAGACGACAACAGAAACGUAUCCAGCAGAUUACUUAACAUUGACGGAACUAUGGACGCGGCGUUGGUGCAGAUCAAGACCAACCUAACCAGCCUGGCCGGAGUUGUGAACAGCUGGAAGCAUCCUAGCCCGGAGAUUAGUCCAAUCUUAAAGAAUGUUAAACUAGGACCAAGAGACAAGAAAUGAGAAUUAUUUAUCUAGUCUUCCAAUUGCGUUCUUCAAUUUUGUAAUAUCCUACAUACAGUAAACUUUUUCCCCAGAGGUAUACAUUUUCUGGUUUCCAGAAAGUGAUAGGCGUAUAUAUCAAUACAAUGAUGACAGUUUCCUAAUGCAUUUUAGCUUUUUUUACAAUCCAAAAAUAAACAACAGUUCUCUCAUUUGCUUAAAUCUUUGUUUGUAUGUGGUGUACAUUUUCAAGCAUGUAAGAAAGCAAAGCUGCGAUAGAAUGUCGGCAGCAUUGUACUGAUAUAUACGCCUAUCAAAGUCUAAUGUCCCUAAAGAGGGGGAGAAACCUUUGUGUGUUCAUUUGUGACUUAUUUUCCAUGAAAAUAAGUUUGGUCGAAUAAAACUAGGAGCAUCGAACUCUAGGGGGAAAUGGUUUUAAUUGAAAGAUUGGAGCAGUGCGGGAUUUCAGGAAAAUGUAUGCCCCUGGGCUAUGUAUGUAUAACCUCAGAAGUCCUAUACAUUUAAAUUGACAAUCAUGUUUUUCUUAAAUAUGAAGUAUGGAGACUUCCUGAACUGUGAGAUAUUAAUUUUUGUUCGACUAAACAAUAUGGUGUAAUUGUAUAAUUGAGCUUUUCACCGUAUUACAGUCGCUAUUCUCUCUGUUAUUGGUGUCAAAUACCAGAAUUUUAAAUCUUUACGCGUAAAAGAACUUCCAUGUAUAAAAGUUCUUGGAGUAUUCUUGUCCAAGAACCUUUUCUGUAUAUCCUUGAGUCUAUUUCAUAAAUAGAGAUAAAUAAGAUCAAGAAACGGUCUGGAAAAGUGACUGUGUAAAUACAGGAAAUUGUAAAAUCUU